AUAUGAUAUUGUAAAACUAAUUUUAUGUAUAAAUAUUAAUAUAUCAAAUGUACUUUUUAAUAAAAUUUAAUACAUAGAUGGAAAAUAAUCUCCGAUAACAAAACUCAAAUGUAUUAGAGAAAGAAAUAUAGGCAUACAGAUGGCGUUACACACUUACCAAAUCCCCCAACCAAUUUAUAUAACGAUCUUUCGUUUUCUUUUUGUUUAUCAUACUAUUAGUACUUUUCAGAUUUGUUUUUGUGAACACUGAAGAAAGAUUUAUGGCUUGUGUUGCGAACACACUAUGCUUCGUUGCAGCUUUACUUCUAAUCUACCAGAAGACAGCUACUUGCGGUUUCCUAUCUCCUAUUUUUGAUAAUAUAUGCAAGGCAGUGGUAUGUGGGAAAGGGAAAUGCAAAGCAUCUUCAAACGGAACUUUUAAGUAUGAAUGUGAGUGUGAUAAUGGUUGGAAGCAAUUUGAUCAUAAUCUCAAGUUUCUUCCUUGCGUCAUCCCCAACUGUACCUUUGAUCUAAGUUGCGGUGAGGCAGGACCUCCAGCACAGCCCCCAACGCCUCCCAAAGACAACAAUGCUUCAUUUUUCGAUGUUUGUCACUGGAUGAAUUGUGGAGAAGGGAUUUGCAAAAAGAAAAAUCUGUUUUUGUACAGCUGUGAAUGCCGUGAAGGUUACAGCAAUUUUAUGAAUAUCGCCACAUCGCCUUGCUUUAAGCAAUGUGCACUUGGACAGGACUGCUUGAACCCUGGGACCCCUUCGAACUCAUCAUCGAACGCAUCAUCGUCAUCUCCACCUGCUCUACCUGACGGCAGCAAGAGCCAAGCAACAGGACCAAAUCUAAGAGGAUCGUCAUUGUGGUUGAUAUCAUCUAUGAUAUGUGUCUCUCUAGCACCAUGGAGGCUGCUCUGUAUCUGAACUCUUUUACUUUAGAAUUCAAAUUUUGUAUACAAGUCGAUUCCUUUUGAAUUUGAUAUUGUGGAUGGGUACUGUUUUUUCUUCUUUAAUUUUCUAUGUUUCAUUCUUGUGUUAAGACAAAUAUUAUAGGCCAUCAACGGUCUCUACCAGAGUUUUU